AUGUCUAACCUAUUCACUACCAUCGAGACCCCCGUUGUCAAAUAUGAGCAGCCCACUGGCCUGUUCAUCAACAACGAGUGGGUGAAGGGCGCCGAGGGCAAGACCUUCGAGACCAUUAACCCCACCAACGAGAAGCCCAUCAUUUCGGUCUACGAGGCCACCGAGAAGGAUGUCGACACUGCAGUCGCUGCUGCUCGUGCUGCCUUUGAGGGCUCAUGGCGCCAGGUCACACCCUCCGACCGUGGUCGUCUAAUCAACAAGCUGGCGGAUCUUAUGGAGCGUGACAUUGACACUAUUGCUGCUGUCGAGGCUCUCGACAACGGCAAGGCCUUCACUAUGGCUAAGGUCGACACUGCCAACGCCAUCGGCUGUCUGCGUUACUACGCCGGUUGGGCCGACAAGAUUCACGGUCAAACCAUUGACACCAACCCUGAGACUCUUACCUACACUCGCCACGAGCCCGUUGGUGUUUGCGGUCAGAUCAUUCCCUGGAACUUCCCUCUUCUCAUGUGGUCCUGGAAGAUCGGUCCCGCUGUUGCCGCUGGUAACACUGUUGUCCUGAAGACUGCUGAACAAACCCCUCUCUCUGGUCUCUACGCUGCUAAGCUGAUCAAGGAGGCUGGUUUCCCUCCUGGUGUCAUCAACAUCAUCUCUGGUUUCGGCCGUGUUGCCGGUGCCGCUAUCUCUAGCCACAUGGACAUCGACAAGGUUGCCUUCACUGGUUCCACCUUGGUCGGACGCACCAUCCUCCAGGCUGCUGCUAAGAGUAACCUCAAGAAGGUUACCCUUGAGCUGGGUGGCAAGUCGCCCAACAUUGUCUUUGACGAUGCUGACAUUGACAACGCCAUCUCCUGGUCCAACUUCGGUAUCUUCUUCAACCACGGCCAGUGCUGCUGUGCCGGAUCCCGUAUCCUUGUCCAGGAGGGUCUGCACGACAAGUUCGUUGCCCGCUUCAAGGAGCGUGCUGCUCAGAACAAACUCGGAAACCCCUUCGAUCAGGACACCUUCCAGGGUCCCCAGGUCUCCCAGCUCCAGUUCGACCGCAUCAUGGAGUACAUCAACCACGGUAAGCAGGCUGGUGCCACCGUUGCUGUCGGCGGUGACCGCCAUGGCAAGGAGGGCUACUUCAUCCAGCCCACUGUCUUCACCGACGUUACUUCGGACAUGAAGAUCGCCCAGGAGGAGAUCUUCGGCCCUGUCGUCACCAUCCAGAAGUUCAAGGAUGAGGCCGACGCCAUCAAGAUCGGAAACAGCACGGACUAUGGUCUUGCUGCUGCCGUCCACACUAAGAACGUCAACACUGCUAUCCGCGUCUCCAACGCCCUGAAGGCUGGUACCGUCUGGAUCAACAGCUACAACAUGAUCUCCUACCAGGCUCCCUUCGGUGGCUUCAAGCAGUCCGGUGUCGGCCGUGAGCUUGGCUCCUACGCUCUCGAGAACUACACCCAGAUCAAGACGGUGCACUACCGCCUGGGUGAUGCUCUCUUCGCUUAA